UCAAUACUAGUCAAAGAAGAAGCUCUUUCUUCAGUCUUCCUCAUUAAGCUUAUUAAAACCUCUCUCUCUCUCUUCACAAUCUCUUCCCCCAAAGCCCCGAACAUAACCGAUUUCCAUGCACGCUGCCCGUUUCGGACAUUGAAACCGUCCGAAGCCCAGUUCACUCUGCAACUGCAGAGCUUUCAUGGCGGACAACAAAAACCAAGGCGGCAAAGCUUCCAAGGUAGAAGAAGAUAAAGAUACAAAGAAGAUAGAAGAAGGCAAAGGACAAGAACUGAAACCUCUUCAAGAGUCAGAGAGUUCUGUGGCUUCUGCAACUGAAGCUGAUCCUUCUUCGGUGGGAGCCGAGUUCAGAGACCAUAAAUCUGCAGCAGAAACCCUAGUGGUCCCUCCUCUUCCUCCUCUGUCGUCAGGCAAUGAUCAUGAGUCCGAUUGCCGUUCUUUCUCUCAGUUACUCGCCGGUGCGAUGGCUUCUCCGGUGGCGAAUUCGACAAAGCCACUUUCUGAGGGAGUGGAUGUUAAGCCAAUUAUUCCUACUGGUCCGACUGGGUUUCCAAUGGUUUGCCCACUGGCGUCGUUCGACCCCACUGGAUUCAAGGGGCAAUUUGGGAUGUCCCAUCAGGAAGCCUUGGCAAGUGUGACAGCUCAGGCUGCUCAAGCUCAGGCACAGAAGCAGCUUCAGAUUGAGUACGUGCCACCUUCAUCAGAGUUAUCACCUGUUUCUCCUACACAUGACACAUCAUCUCCGUCAGGUUCCACUCCACAACAAGAACCAGCACAAGUUCCUCAAGAAAAUAGUGUCUCUACACCAAAAGUGGAGCAACAGAAUUCCUCUGACGAGAAAAAUAAAGCUGCUCUUGUUGUUCCAAAGACACCCAGUAGUGAUGGGUAUAACUGGCGUAAGUAUGGGCAGAAGCAGGUGAAAAGCACUGAGAGUUCUCGAAGCUAUUACAAAUGCACAUAUUCUGAUUGUCAUGCUAAGAAGAAGGUUGAACGUUGUGAUCACACUGGCCGUGUGACAGAGAUUAUUUAUAAAGGUCGGCAUAACCAUGAGCCUCCUCGAAAGAUUAGGUGCACAAAAACGAGGAGGCUUGUACCAUCUGCUGGGCCUAUUGGAGGAAGUGAAACUAUAGAUUGUCCAAUCAAAAAAAUUGAUGAUUCUGAGCCAUCUACAUCUAGGGGAGAACCUAGUCAACCAACACUGCCAACACCUGAACAGAAACGUCAAAGCUUAGAUGCUUCUUACACGGGUGCUGAAACUAAAGCUGAGGGAAAAAAUGGUGAUGAACCGGAGCCAAAACGAAGGAUGAAGGAAAACAAUGUAGCCUAUGCAGGUCCUAUACUGAAAACAAUCAAGGAGCCUAAGAUUGUUGUUCAAGCAGCUGGUGAUGUGGGGAUCUCAAGUGAUGGCUACAGGUGGCGUAAGUAUGGGCAGAAAAUGGUGAAAGGAAAUCCUUAUCCCAGGAGCUACUACAAAUGCACAUCUGCUGGAUGUCCGGUCCGCAAACAUGUUGAGAGGGCUGUAGAUGACACAACGGCUGUCAUAAUAACAUACGAAGGAAAACACGACCAUGAUAUGCCAGUACCCAAGAAGCGGCAUGGUCCACCAAGUGCUGCACUUCUUAUAGCUGCCGCUGCUGCCAUGAAUACUCCACAGUUAAAGAAACCUGAAGCUUUACCUAACCGAAGAGCUACUACAACCAAAUGGUCCAUGGAUGUGGAAGGUGAAUUCCCUGAUGAGAAGGCAUUAGAACUUGGAGGUGAGAAGGCCUUGGAGUCUGCCCGAACCCUUCUAAGCAUUGGAAUUGAACUGAAGCCUUGCUGAAGCCAGUUGAUGGAGCCAGGAACCCAGAUAUUGUCCCUGUGCCCUUGUUAAUGAGAAUCAUGGAGCUGUCUCAUCCUAAAGAAAGUGAUCUAUAGGUUUGCCGAAAUUUUGGCUGCGCUCUUUAUUUUAUUUUUUUCACCAUGUCUCUUCCAUCAGUUUUUCUGUAAACAGUUCUGUAUAUCUGAUCUUGUACAUUCUUAUAGCUGGUUUAAGCCAGGCUAAAAUCAGCAUGCCAUUAUAGGAAAUGUGAGCAGUCUUCUCAGUA